AUGCGCCUCAGAAGCUUCGGUCGCUUGGCAACGCAUGACGCCACGGCCUUGCACCACGCACACUCCGACUGCUCCAUUUGGCCCGACGCUUUGGCCCUCCGCCCACCUGAACACUUGACUGUGUUGCUGAUUUCAAGCUGCGGUGGGGCAAAGUUGGAUCGAAAUGCCAAGGCGGAGAUGCAAAACGUGUGCUCCAAAAGCGCCGCCUCCGCCUCGCCCUCCGAAACACUCCAAUCUCGCUUCGCCCUCCCCACCCCUGCGCUUUGGCCCGUCCAGGCGUUGUCCUCGCAGAACAGCAAGCAAAGUGGAGGACAAGCCGCCAAUCUAUCCGCCCUGUCGUUUACGGCAUGCCACGCUCCCGAGCUCCAUCCGCGGCAUCCGCUCCCCUCCGUCCAUCCGCCGCUUUCCCUAUCCGCCCGCAAUGCCCAAAAUCGCCUGAUCGCCCGCUGCGGCCACUCGCUUGGCUCGCCAAUCGCCUUCUGCUUCGCGGACCCUGGCGCUGCCCGUGCGCCGUCACGCCAAUCCUUCUGUCCCAACGCCGCUCUCAUCCGCGGCAUUCUCCUCCAACCUGCUCGGGCUGCUCCCUCCCCCUUCCUGCCCCUCUCGACAUCACCACCAUCUUCAUCCUCGAGACCCGCUUGGCGAUUCACCUCGUUUGCCAUCCUCGCGCCGCCCGUAGCCGCCUCAACGUGGCUUCAUCCCAGCAUCCGCUUGCCUCCUCCUGGAAUUGGACUUUCCUCACGUAGAGCUUGCCCCCUAACAAGGCCCCCUACGCCUACGAUGACCGGCCUCUUCCCCUCCAUCCCCGUGCCUCAGGCGCUCGUCUCCACGCUCGCACGCCCCACCGCCGCCAUCGCGCGAUCCUCCAUCCUCGCCCUCUUCUCCAAGCUCACCGUCGGAGAACUCGAGAUACGACUCCCCUCCGGUCAAGUGCACCGCUUCGGUGACCCCACGCUCGUUCGCAGCAAGCAGCACAACCACGAAGAACCCGACUCCACCGCUGCAGCCAAGCUCAAGUCAUCCUCCGCUGCACCUGCCGUCGCGCCCAACUCGGCUACCGCACCACACGCCGUGCUCAUCGUCAAGAACGAUGCAUUCUGGACGCGCAUGUUCUUCGGCGCCGACCUCGGCUUUGCAGAGGCAUACAUGAUCGGAGACGUAGACACCCCCGACCUCGCCGCCUGCUUCGAUCUCUUCAUCCUCAACCGCGCCAGCCUCAACAACCUCGAGAACGUCAGCCUCGCAAGCUCCCUCAUCGCCUCCGCACAGGGCAUGCUCAACAAGCGCUACGCCAAUACAAAGGUCGGCAGUCUCCGCAACAUCGGCGCACACUACGACAUCAGCAACACCAUGUACAAGGCCUUCCUCUCCAAAGACAUGACCUACUCCUGCGCCGUCUUUGACACGCUCGACGCCGACGUCUCGGGGCCCUUGCUCGCCCAGAUCAACCAGCAGACGCGCGCCGCUCUCGGCACCGCAACCAACGGCCAUCCCAACCCGGCAGCCGCAGCCGGCGUCUUUGAGCCUCUUCGAUUCACCUCCGAUGCCACCGCCCACUCCGACAGCACAUCCACAGGCGUGCCGAGAACAGACGACCUGCCUACGCCUCCCUCCGAGGCCGAUGCACACACCCGCGCACAGUCGGCUGCAGCCGACUACGACGAGCUCGAAGAGGCGCAGAAGAACAAGCUCCGCCUCAUCAUCCGUCGUGCCAACAUCCGCCCCGGCGAUCGCGUCCUCGAAAUCGGCACCGGCUGGGGCUCCUUCGCCAUGGAGGCCGUCCGCAUGACCGGCUGCACCGUCGACAGCGUCACCCUCUCCGUCGAACAGAAGGCGCUUGCCGAACAGCGCAUCGCCGAGGCUGGCCUCGAAUCCAAGAUCAAGGUCCACCUCAUGGACUACCGCGACUUCCCCGCCAGCUGGACCGACUCCUUCGACCGCGUCUGCUCCAUCGAGAUGCUCGAGGCGGUCGGCAUCGAGUUCCUGCCCACCUACUUCUCCUGCGUCGACCGCGUGCUCAAGCGUCAAGGAGGCGUCGCCGUCUUCCAGUGCAUCACCAUGCCCGAAUCGCGCGCCGAAGCCUACUACAAGGGCGUCGACUUUAUCCGCAAAUGGAUCUUCCCCGGCGGCGUGUGCCCCUCGGUCACCUCGCUCGUCAACGGCGCCACCGACGGCUCCAAGGGCAACCUCAUCCUCGACACGCUCGUCAGCAUCGGCCCGCACUACUCGCGCACGCUGCGCGAGUGGAACAACCGAUUCCAGGCCAACUUUGACAAGAUCAUCCGCCCCGCCCUCCUGCGCGACCACGACGAGAUCAGCAACCUCCCCGCCCAACAGCAGCAGCACGAGGUCGACGUCUUCCGCAGGAAAUGGAUCUACUACUUUGUCUACUGCGAGGUCGGCUUCACCCAUCGCGUCAUCAACGAUCACAUCCUCGCCUUCACCCGCGAAAACAACACCUCCCUCCCCGUCUGCUCGGGCUAG